AUGACCAAAACGGUUCUCCUGAAAUUACUGGUAACAAUCAUGGUUAUGUUCAUUUUAAUUUUGCCAGAAUACUUCCAGUCACUCGAAGCUGCCGUGGGGAGUGUCUCUCUGAAAGCCAAAGGAGAAGGUCUUCCUUCUUGUGAACAAUACAACGUCCCCGUAGGCCUGGCUGAAGAAGGCCCGGAAGAUCCCAGGCCUCGCUGCAGAGUGGAAAUCUGGAUGAGAAGCGCCGCGUUCAGGAGGAAAGAGCUAGCUCAGGGCAGUGAGGGUGAUCUCUCGUGCUCUGGGAUGGGCCACUUAGACAGCUGCAGACAGAUUUCUCUGCAGCUCCAAAUGGGCGGCUCCACCCUCCCAGGCAAGAUCACCUUGUACCUUUUAGUUCUGCUCGUGUGCGUGGUUUUGGUCAUCAUUGUCAUCUAUAAGGUCUUCCAAGGGAACCAGAAAGGCUGCCCAAGGCCCAGAUCAGCGGGCUAUGCUGCACCCAAGGCCCGGCGGGAGAGUGACUCUGUGGAGCAGGGAGAAUUGCAUGGCCGGAUCCUCUCAGAGACUGACAGGCAGCACCCCACGGCCUUCACACCGGCCAGAGACACGCUACCUCCAAUCCUGGAGCUGGAAGCCUAUCCCGCUGGUUCUCCUGAGACUGUGAAUGAAUCUUGAGACUGAGUGACCCCUGUCAAGACCGUGCGUGACCCUCCAAGACCUUGAGUGACCCCCAAGACAGUGAAGGAAACUCUGAGACUGUGAGCGAACACCCUGAGCCUCUGAGUGAAUACCUAAGACUAUGAGGGACCCCCUCCAAUACUGUAAGGAACCCCUAAGACCAUGAGUAACUCCCCAAGACUGUGAGUGAACCCCCCCGAGACUAUGAGUAACCCUCUGAGGCAGUGAGUGAUCUCCUGAGACCAUGUGUGAAUGCGUGAUACUGUAAAUGAUCCCCUGAGAUCUUGAGUGACUCCCAAGACUAUGAUUGACCCCCCUGAGAUUGUGUGACUCCCCCCAAGACCGGGAUUGAACACCUAAGACCAUGAAGGAA